UUCGUGUCGUUUGCUUCCCGUACGCCGGCGUUCAGCAUAGAUUGAAGUUUUUUCUGUUUGAAGUUGAGACGAAAUAGACAAAAUGUUUAUCAAAUUGGUUUUCUAUUUGUCUGUAAUUGUAGCAGGAUCAUUCGGGUACCGGGAUGUCGACUUUACCGUUCAAAUUUCGCCGAUGAAACGAGAAUGCUUUUAUGAAACAACCAAAGCAGGACGAGCGAUGGACAUUGAAUUCCAGGUCAUAGACGGGGGAGAUCUCGACAUCAACUUUAUGAUUCAAGCACCGGAUGGCCGGGUUGUUGUCAGCGAUAUGAGAAAGACGGACGGGAUACAUACUGUGGACCCGACAGUUGAAGGCGACUACGUUGUCUGUUUCGACAACUCAUUCAGUCGUAUGACGGGGAAAACCGUAUUUUUCGAGAUCAUUGAAGAUUCUGCCGGGGAGGAAGAAGAAGAGGAUGGGGGCUGGAAAGACGCUGUCGAACCAGAUGAACAAUACGGCGACAAGCUCCAAUCUUUGGAGGUAGCAUCGGACACCAUGAAUGUGAUCCGAUCGAACCUCGGAAAGACGUCUCAACUUCAAGGCUUAUUACGAGCGUUUGAGGCCAAAGAUCGAGGAAUCGCUGAGCGAAAUUUUGAGCGCGUUAACUUCUGGUCCGCGUUGAACAUCAUCGUGAUGUUAGUUGUUCUUUCUCUGCAAGUUUACACAGUUAGGAGCAUGUUCUCAGACAAUAGGAAAGUCCGCACUUAAAAUCAAAACACAGAGGGGGGGGGGGGGGAAUUGGGGGGCUGGCUAAUGAAAAAAAAUUUCUACUAAAAAUGCUUCUUUUAAUUUCGAAUAUUUUACAUUGGUUGCAGUUAAAACAUGGGGGGGGGGUAGGCUAAUAAAAAAAAUUGUAUUUUAAAAUGCUGCUUAUUAUUACUUGUUUGUUUUUUAUAUUUCAAAUUGGUUGGAAUAAAACCAGAGGGACACCAAAGCACAGAGGGGGGGAUAGGUUUAUCAAAAAAUAUUGUAUUCAAAAAUGCUACUUGAAUAGUUUAACUUCACUUUCGCAAAGGAAUUAUAAUAUUUUGAGUUGCGUUUUGUGAAAUUUCAUUGAAUUUUUGGGUAAAAAUGGUCAAAUUCAUUUAGAAAAAUUUUUGUUCAUGAAGUCUUCUUUAUUUCUGAGUGAGUGCACAUCCCCAUGCUAGGAGAAUAUUCCCUACAAACAAGGUAAUUCAAAUUGGCAAAUCAUACUAUUGGCAAAUCUGUUUCAAUUUACUGGGUUCUCAAUAAAUAGCUAGGUCUAACUGAGAUUACAUGCUUUUAUUUGUAUUAUCAAUUCUGUUAAACAUUAUAUUGACUUUAAUAUGUGAUAUUUACGACGCUAGGGUCACCAUACACUGUUUUUUGGGGAGGAGAAGUUGGUAUUCUGUGUCUUUGUUUUCUAUCUAAGAGUAAGGGUUUCUAACAUGCGUUAUCUGUGGUUGUACUUAUGGAAUACCGAUUCAUUUGAGUUCAUUGAAUUUCAUUUUCGAACUUUCAAAGUUUCCUAGUAAAAUUUGAUGUCUGAUAAUCCAUUGCUAAUCUUGACUGUGCUGCUUUUGCAAGUCGAACUCUAUGAACAUCUUAAAAUGCAAAUUCCUCUGUUGAACUUUAGUAUCUACUAUACUAGAGCCACCAUACCCUAUUUUUAAGUAUUUAUAUGUGGGUCUUCCUUUUUCCAUCUGGAAAUAAUGAUUUCGAACAUACAUAGGUGUUGUUUUUAUGAAAUAUCCAUUAGGGAUCAUUGAAUUUUAUCCUAUUGGAACAUUCACAAGAUUUUCGAGCAAAAUUUAUUAUUCGUUGCUUAGCUUACGACAAUCGACACAAAAAUAAAAUUCCGCUGCUUUAACAAAAUUCAAAUCUCCACAAAGUUUCAUGGACUUUUGCAAAUUUCUUCUGUUGAACACAAAUUAGAAUAUAUUUGAACAUUGAAAUGUAUUAGGAAUAUUAGAUUUUUCAAUAUCGACAAUCUCCUUGUGACAGCAAUUCCCAACCGGGGUCCCGUGGCCCAUCAAAGGGGCCACAAAGUGGUUGAAGGAGGGCCACAAUGCUAGGCGCAAAACUGAUUUUUCCUUCACGAGUUAACUCUCCGUUCUUUCCUUCAAUUGCUUGACAAGGUUAUUUCAUAACGUGUUUUCACUAUGUUGAGCAUGAAUUGUUUGAACAUAAUGGGAUUUAGAAUCUACCAAUCAAAUUAACACUAUGAAUACUACUGGAAUGACAAACAGUGGGGUCAUGAUUGCUAAAAGCCUACAGCAGGGGCUGCGAGGUUGGGAACCACUGCAUUAUGACAAAUUAUAUCGUGAAGACAUUUAUUAUUUUACUUUUUGCAGUUUACAUGGCAGUAAUUUAGUAAAUGAUAUAAUUACACUUUUUUAUAUCUUUUGUAGAAAAGUCAUUUAUUAUUAUCGUGUGUUUAAUAAUUUUGAAAUAAGAAAUGAGGCGUGACUGACCAGAAUAAUUUCAUUUAAACAGGCGGUACCUACCGUGUUUCCCCAAAAAUAAGACUUGGCCUGACUUUUGAAAAAAUAAUUUUAAUAUAAGCCCUCCCAUUAAAAUAUACAGACGGGUACCGAUGAUGCUAUUUGUCACUUUGUUGUAUCCGUACGUUGGCUACAAUAUGCAGUUCCACACACAAAACUUAUCUGGCCAAGACAAAAAGUCUUCCUUAAGAGGAGCAUAUGAAAGAAGCCUUUUAAACAAAAUGCAAAUAGCAUGAAGCAUAAGUCUGCAUUAUUGUAAUAUAUAGAAUUUUCACAAUUUCUUGAAGUUUCAUAUCGAAGUGAAAUAUAUUCAUAUUAUGAGCAUG